UUCUGUUUAUCAGUAAACAUUAAGAAGAUUGAGAAAAUUACACAUAAAAAAAAGGCUUUUUAAAAAGUUACUUAAUAAAUACUUUUUUAUUUGAUGGUUGCUAUAAAUACUAUAGCUAAUAUGAGCCGCAUUUAUUUACUUUUUUCAAACAGCCAUGCUGGAAAAAAACAGUUUUGGUUAUUUGCUGUUGUGCUGAUUAUACAGAGAAUCGUAGGAAUCUUUAGCAGCAUCGUGCUAGGCAGUUAUCUAGUUAGAGAUGUUUAUAAGAAUAUAUCUAAUGAAUUGGAAAUCAAUAGUCUUAAAACUAAUCCAAAAUAUCCAAACAACCCUGAUGCUAUAGAGUUUACAGAAAAUUUCGACUGUCCAAAUUAUACUUCAAUUAAUUAUGGACAAAGAAUAUAUGGAUGGAUUCAAGUAACACAAACUGGAGCUUAUGGAUUUUACAACUCCUGCAAAAGUGCUUGUGAACUUUAUAUAAGUCUUGAUGAAGACUCGACUAACAAGAGCAGAAUCAUUAACCAAAAAAACUCAAGUCUUCAAAGUACACAGAAUCAAUAUCUAAAUGAUUGCAAUCUAAACUGUAUUUAUUUGAAAUCCAAUUCAAAGUAUUAUAUUGAAGUUCUUAUGACUGGUCAUUCUGAUGAAGAUCAUUUAUCAAUAGAGGCACAGCUAAUGGGAUCUCAAACAUUUGUAACAACAAAAGCUUGGCUAAGUGAUAUAAAAAUAGUGGUAUGUGGUUAUGGUAUUGGUUGUGAUUUUACUGAAUAUGAUAUUUGCAUAGGCGAAGAAAAAAUCUAUACUGCCAUAUGUACAUGCAAAAGUGGAUAUGAAUAUAAAAUUGGUAGCACUCUUUGUACAGAUGUGGAUGAAUGCACUUACUUGUGUCAAGGUGAUGGUCUUAUAUGCAAUAACUUUGUUGGUUCAUUUCAGUGUGUUUGUCCUGUUGGAUUUUCUUACAAUUAUACUAGCCUCAAAUGUGAAGAUGUGGAUGAAUGCAACUAUCUGUGUCAAGGUGAUAGUCUUACGUGCAAUAACUUUAAUGGAUCAUUUCAGUGUAUUUGUCCUGUUGGAUUUUCUUACAAUUAUACAAGCCUCCAAUGUGAAGAUGUGGAUGAGUGCACCUACUUGUGUAAAGGUGAUAAUCUUACAUGCAAUAACUUUAAUGGAUCAUUCCAGUGUGUUUGCCCUGUUGGAUUUUCUUAUAACUACACUAGUCUCCAAUGUGAAGAUGAGUGCACAAAAUUGUGUCAAGGAAAUUUUACAUGCAUUAGCAAGAAUGGAUCAUUGCAAUGUGUUUGUCCAGUUGGGUUUAUAUACAACUCUAUUAGUUAUCUGUGUGAAGAUGUGGAUGAAUGCAACUAUCUGUGUCAAGGUGAUGGUCUUACAUGCAAUAAUUUUAAUGGAUCAUUUCAGUGUAUUUGUCCUGUUGGAUUUUCUUACAAUUAUACAAGCUUUCAAUGUGAAGAUGUGGAUGAAUGCAACUAUCUGUGUCAAGGUGAUGGUCUUACAUGCAAUAAUUUUAAUGGAUCAUUUCAGUGUGAUUGUCCUGUUGGAUUUUCUUACAAUUAUACAAGCCUCCAAUGUGAAGAUCUAAACGAAUGUACUUACUUGUGCAAAGGUGGUAAUCUUACCUGUAAUAAUCUAAAUGGAUCAUACAUCUGUAUUUGUCCUGUUGGAUUUUCUUACAAUUAUAAUAGUUUACAAUGUGAUGAUGUGAAUGAAUGUGUUUUUCUGUGUAAAGAUGACAAUAAUAUUUGCCAUAAUUUAAAUGGAUCAUACUUGUGUGAUUGUCCUGAUGGAUUUUUGUUUAACUAUACUACUCUACAAUGUGAUGAAUUUAUGUUUGGAAGAAAUGGUAUUGGUAUCUACAUUGAAGGAAAUGUUUUAUAUGGCAAAAGCAUUGAAGUUGUUGUCACUAUUGUAAACAGUACAGAAUUAAAGAUUGAGUUAGAUUUUGGUGAUGAUACACCUCUUAAUUUAAAGAUUUUUACUCCAAAUGUAACUGAUAAUUCUUCUGUCAGUUUGGUGUUCUCACACAAGUAUUCUCAGUGUGGAAAGUAUAGUGUCAUUGUACGAGUUAUAAAUCUUUCCUCUAAAACUAGCAAUUCAACAAUUUAUGUUAAUCUUACAAAUGUGACUGUAUAUUGUUAUUUAUCAGAAAUCAAGCUUGAUUACAAUAGUUCAAGUCAACUUGUUAUACCUGUUAACAAUGAGUUCCAGCUUAACGUAAGUCAGGCAUCGGGUUCUUAUGUGAACUACACUGUUAAUUGGGGGGAUGGUAUCAGUGAGUUUAGGGACCAAAGUCAAAAUUUAAUUCUUUUACCAUUUUUUGCAAAACACAUUUACACAAGAGAAGGUAACUACACUAUAUCUGUGAUUGCGAUGAAUGCAGUACAGACUAUGAACAAAUCAUUUAAUCUUUUCGUGUUUAAAUCUUCACAGCCAGAUAUUGAUUUUAAUUAUGGAACUAAAGAAAAACCAAUUAGUAUUUUACACAUUGUUGAUUAUAAUUUUACAGCAAAUAUUUCUAAAAAGUUGGACAAAUCAAUCAUUGAAAAUGCAUCUUUUCAGUGGGUGAUGUCAGGCCUGGAUUUCGAAGUAAAACUCAGAGCAGUUUUUCUUAAUUAUCAUAUUGUCUAUACUUUAAAAAAAAAUGAAAUUGCAAUUGGCUCAUAUAAUCUUUCACUACUGUUUACAUAUAACAAUUUUACCAGUGUUUUUACUGCUUUUUUUUCUGUCAUAAAGAUACCCUUGUUUGUUGAAAUCGAAGGUGGUUUCUAUCGUGCAGUUGCUCAUAAGAAGAUAAUAAAUAAUAACACUGCUUAUAAUAAUUUUAGUAUUAAUGCAGAAAAAAGCUAUGAUCCUGAAGAUCCCCAAGCUAAGUUUGAAGGAAUAUCUUUUCAGUGGAGAUGUAAAUUAAUGAGUAAUUUUUCUUCAGGUAUCUCAGCAACAACUGAUCUUGCGUUUACUUCUAAAUUGUGUAUAAAUGAUUCUUGGGUUUUAUUGGAUGUCAGUGGACCAAUUAUUUUGUUUAACACAAAGAUGUUUUUAGUUGGUGAGACAUAUAUGUUUGAAGUUUAUGCUACUAAAGGUUUCGGUUAUCAUCAACAAGGAGGUUCAUUUAUUCAAGAAAUAACAUUUAGUGAAAAUGUAUUUGAUGUACAACUUAUUUGCUUGAUAAACUGUGAUGAAAGAUUAAAUUUUCAACAAUCUACAGUUUUUUCAUAUACUUGUAUUGAUUGUGAAAGAUGCAUAAUACAACCAUAUUGGUCAGUAUUAGAUGAUCAGGAAAACAUUCCAAGCGAAGUUUCUAGAAAUAAUCCUACAAGUUUUAAUGACACAAGUUUAAUUAUUAAUGCUGGUGUCUUGCUGGAAUCAAAAAACUACACUUUUAUCUUACAAGUGGCUUGCACUGGAUCGUCCUUCUUAUCAACUUUUAAAAUAAAGAAAAUGACUUGCUCUUUGCCACAUUCUGGUUCUUGUUACAUUAGCCCCCUUAUUGGAUAUGCUGUAAAAACAAGUUUUAAUAUUACAUGUGAAGGAUGGUCAAUUGUAGAAGGUUCAUUAAGUUAUCUUUUUUUUUAUGACAAUGGUCAAUAUAAACUAUCAAAUAGCAGUAGUGGUUAUAUGUUGUUGAAUUCUAAAACUUUUUAUCAAUCUUAUUUAAAUAAUAUUAUUCUUGGAGCUGGCGAUGAACAUAAUAAUUAUACUGUACAAUUAUAUGUACGUAUUGCUGGAAAAUAUGGAGCUUUUAUUGAGUUUAAUAGUAUUUCUAUUCAGGUUCUACCAAAUCUACAAGAAAUGAAUUUAACUAACAUACUUUCAACUGUUGAUAAAAAUGAUACACAAAAAUUAAUGAUUUCAAUUCAAGCCAUAGCCUCUGUUGUUAACAGAGAACAAAACUUAAUUGAAUAUAAAACUCUUCGCAAUGAAAUGAUAGGAAUGCUUGCACGUAUCACUUUUUCUAAUUUAAAUGAUGUUAAGCUUAUUAGUGACUGUCUUUCAGUAUUAUCAAAUUAUCCAUCAGAAUUGGUUUUAAAUACUCAGGUUGUUGCUGCAAAUAUUGCAAGGAAUAUUGGAGUAUUUUUAUGUGAAGUAAAUAUCAAAUCUUUAAAUUUUGUUUCAUUUUAUAAUACAACUCAGUCAUUGCUUCAAUUUAUUUCAAAUCUUUUUGUCGCAAAUGCAAAUGUUGUAAAUGACUCCAUCAAUUACUCACAAAACCUCCAGAAUUCAGUUAAUAAAAGUCAGUCAACAAUCAGUGCAGAUGUUGUAUCCAAACUCUUAGGAUUUAUGGAAGAUUACUUUUAUGUUCUUCAAGCAUACAAAAUUCCUGGUGAAAUUGCUACCACUGGAAGUACAGCAGCAUUUGAUUUUUUUUUAAAGAAAGAACUCAAAGAUAAUCUGAGCAAUAUGACUAUUUCUUCUGGUUUUAUUCUUUCAGAUGCUAAAGAAAUGUUUAACCAGUCUCUCAAGAACAUUCCAAUAAUAGUGAAUAAUCUUCGAUUAAAAAAUCAACCAUAUACGUGGGAUAUAGAUCGAUCAAAAAAUAUUGCAUCUGAGUUACAAAGUCUUUUAAUGUCUACUACAGAAAGAUUACCAAUAAAUGUAAAUAACUUGCAGCAACCAAUCAUCAUUGCAAUAUUAAAUAAACCUGAAAAAAUUAGGGGAUAUAACUUGUCUUUAUCUGCCCCAGAAGAACCUAAGGUGUUGUCCCUUAUAUUAACAUCCAGCUUAUGCAACAUGAUGUUAAAAUUUAGUGCAUUUAAUGAUCCUAGUAAUUUGACUUUUCUCAUUGUAUUUCUUCAGUUUGGAAAAAUUCCUACAAAAAAUGAUUAUGAUAUUAGGCUUAAUAUAUCAAACAAAGAUGGCGUUGUUCUUACAAAAAAUAAGCUUGCUAUGAGUUUUAAUGCAAGUGAAGAAGUAUCAUUUGGUCAAAAAAAUAACCUUACCAACAGUGAGAUUAAAAAUUCUUCUUUUUUUGUUGAAAGAAAUCAACAAGCUCAUCUACUUGGUGAUGGUACUUUAAUUUUGUGGGAUUUUCAGAAUUCAACAUAUGCUUUUCUUAACAAUUCAGUUUUGUAUAUAUCAUUCUUCUAUGUUGGUCCAAUGCCAGCUAAAAAAUUGGAAGAAAAUUCAUACACUUAUGAUGAAAAGGAAUACGAAGGGGAGUUCAUUUAUGAAAUGAAGUCCUAUUGCAGUGAAUGUAAUUACUGGAAUGAAAUAUCAAAUAAGUGGAUGUCUGAUGGAUGCCAACUUGACUUUAAAACAACUAACUUUGAAGUAACAAAGUGUAAAUGUAAACACUUGACUGGAUUUGGUGGAUUUUAUGUUGCUCCAAACAUUAUUCAGAAACCGUCGUUAAAGUUAUUGAAAAAGGGUUAUCUUCUUCUAGUAAUUGUUACAAUAAUUAUGUUGUUUUGGAUUUGUGGUUUAAUAUUUGCAAGACGAAUGGAUAUUAAAGACAACACUAAAUAUGGUGUUUGUCCACUUCCUGAUAAUUCUCCAGAAGAUAGCUAUUUAUACCAGAUUACUGUGAAUACUGGUAAUCGUAUUUAUGCUGGUACAAAUUCAAAAAUUUUUUUUAUAUUAGCUGGAGAUAUUGCAAAAACAAAGGCACACAGACUAAUUGAUUUUGAACGACAAUGUUUUCAAAGAUCAUCUUCUGACUCUUUCAUAUUAACAACACCAAACUGUUUGGGUGAUCUAACUUAUAUUCGACUUUGGCAUGAUAAUAGAGGUGGUGGUUGGUACUUGAGAAAUGUUGAAGUUCUUGACCUACAAACAGAUAAACGAUAUUAUUUUAUGGCAAAAUGUUGGGUUGCAAUUGACAAAGGUGAUUGCUUAUUAGAUGUUACAAUACCAGUAUCAGCUUCUGAUGAGUUGACACAUUUUAAUUAUAAGUUUACAACAAGAGUGCGAAAUGAUUUUUUUGAAAAACAUUUGUGGUUCUCUAUUUUUACUCGUCCACCAAGAAGUAUUUUUAAUCGUUGUGAACGAUUAUCUGUUGCUGUUUUAUUAGUUGUUGUUCAAAUGACAGCUAGUACCAUGUUUUAUGGCAAAGUUUCAAAUGAUCCAGCAAUUAAUAACAAAGUAUUGGGAAUAAAUUUUUCAUGGCAACAGAUUUAUGUUGCAUUAAUUUCUGCAUGUAUUACAGUUCCAGUAGAAAUAAUUUUUGUUCAUGUGUUUCAUUUGAUAAAUCCAUAUUACAAGUUUGCUUUGAAAAAAAAAGAUAUAGAAUCCAAUACUUGUUCAACAUUUGAUGAGAAUAAUUUCAAGAAAGAAAUCCAAAAAAAAAAAGUUUUUUACUUACCUUAUUGGGCAAAGUAUGUCACAUGGUCUUUUUGUGUUAUUGCAAUUCUCUCAUGCAGUUGUGUUGUUUUGUUAUAUGGAAUGUCUUUUGGAAAUAAGAAGUCUUUAGAUUGGUUAAUAAGCGUAAUACUAUCAAUGGUUAAUGAUGUAUUUGUAAUGCAACCCAUAAAAAUUUUUAUCAUUGCAAUAAUAACAGCUCUUGUAAUAAAAAAGAUUGAUGACACACAAAAGUAUUUUGCUGAUGACCAAGCAAAAAUACUUGCUCACAAUGAAAAUUGGCUGCAUAACUUUCAUAGGCGGUUAUCCAUCUUCGAGCAUGUUGAGUUAAGUAUCAGUCCACCAGAUGAACAUUUGAUUGAAUCAAUUAAAGAAAGUCGUAUGCAUAAGUUAAGGUUAUAUUCACUUGUACGAGAACUUUUGUUUUAUUUUAUUUUUGCACUGUUAGUAUUUUAUUUGGCUUAUGCAUCUCAUGGUAACUAUUCAUUUACACAAACAAAUGACAUAGAGUCUCUUUUUAAUCUAAGAUCAGACUCUUCCUCCACUAAGCAACAUCAGGUUUUAAAACAGCUUCGAUCCAAAAAUGACUUCUGGCUAUGGUUGAACUCGUUUUUUUUCCUUCAAGUUUUUCCUGAACCAUGGAGUAACAAAAAUAUUGAUGAAAAAAUCUUCAUAAAUGAUCUUAAUACUAAGAUUGUUAAUGGAAUUCGAAUUCGACAAGCACGUGUAAAAUCACAUUCCUGCUUAAAACCAAGUUUAGUUGCGGAUCUUUUUACUCUGGACUGUUUAUCUGAGCUUAAAUCAUCAUUAGAGGAAACAAACGAUUUUGACUUUGGCUGGUCAUUACCCAAAAAGUACAGUAUUCCUAUCAAUCAAUCUACAAAACCUUGGAGAUAUCAAACUUCAAAUGAACUAGAUGGAUAUCCAUUUGGGGCCAAAUUACAAACCUAUUUUGGAGGAGGUUAUGUUAUUGAAAUUUUUCCAAAAUGGAAUAAUAAGAAAGUUAUUGAAGAUGUAAAAAAACAUAUGUGGAUUGAUCGCCAAACAAGAGCCAUAUUCAUCGAGUUUGCUUUAUUUAAUGCUGCAACUAAUAAUUUUAACAUGGUUACUUUUGUAUUUGAGUUCCCUGCAUCUGGAGGGUUAAUACCUAGUUAUUCUGUUAGUACUUUUAAACUAUAUCCACCAAAAAAUGACGCUGUUAUUAUUGGUUGCCAGCUCAUAUUUUUUGUUAUGAUGUUUAUUUUUACAAUAAGAGAAUGUAGAAUGUUGCGUCGAACAGGUUGGAAAUACUUCAAAGGUUUUUGGAACUUAACUGAAGUCAUGCUUGUUUUACUUUGUGUACUUGCAGUUGUUUUCUAUUUUUACAGAGGUAAACUAGCAAAAGAUUUACUUAAUCGACUUCCAGCAAAAGAACCUCAAAAGUUUAUAAAUUUUCAAUUUGCUUCUUAUUGGGAUUUGAUGUUUACUUACAUUGUCUCUUUAAUAGUUUUUAUUGUUAAUAUAAAGUUUAUGAAAAUACUCAAUUUUAAUCCUCGUAUUUCAAUGAUGUCAGCUACAUUAAAAGCAUCAAGUCACUAUUUAAUCACUUUAGCUUUUGCUUUGUUUAUUAUUAUGUCUGCAAUGGUUUGCUUUUCUAAUAUAGCGUUCGGUGCUGUGUUGGAAGGAUAUGAAAGCUAUUUUGAAACAAUUGUUUCCCUUAUGUCAUUGGUUUUAGGGAAGCUUGAUUUUAACCAGAUACAGAACUCGUGUGGUUAUAUUGGUCCAGUUUUUCUAUUUACCUUUAACAUUUGGAUGAAUUGGAUUAUGAUGAGCUUAUUUAUAUCAAUAUUAAACAAUGGUUUUUUAACUGUGCGCUCAAAAGCUACUUUGCAAAAAGAUGAAUACAAUAUACUAAGUUUUUUUGAGUCAAGACUUAAGGGCUUGCUGGGACUCGCAAAUAAAAAAUCAUUUAACUCUGAAACCAAAAUUUGCAAUGAAAAUCUCAAAUCUGUUAAGUUUAAUUUGGACGUACAAUCUGAUUCAACGAAUUCUAGCAUGCUUAACGAAGAAUCACAUAGUUCGCUCGAUGACAAGUUAUCAAAGUUAGGUUGCCUAAUGCAAAAUUAUUACGAUGAUACUGAAGUACUUAUCUUACCUCUUUUUUAUGCUGAACUUUUUUAUGGUAAUUUUAUCGAAGCUUUUAACUUAAAAAAGAUUAUAAAUAAAGAAAUGUUGGAACAUAAUCAAUUAAAUGAAAGCACGGAAGAUUCGUGAUUGUAUUGUUUUUGUUAACAUUGUGUAGUGAAGAAUAAUUUAUACAGUAA